ACUAUAGUAUAGUCAGUCGGUGAUAAUAUUUCAGUUAAAUAUUUUUAAUUGUUUGAUGUAUUUGUUUUAUAAAAUGGAUAUAAUUUUAUCUUCAAACUUUGCUACAUCGUGGUGGGCAGCGCAUCGUUGUCAAAUAUCUGAAAAUGACUUCGAGAACGUGGAUAUACCAAACAUAUGCGAGGAAGUGAGGAGGUGCCUGGCGGGUGGCACCGGGCGCGAAGGGUCUAGCUUAUUGCGGCUCGGAUGGCCGGCGGGUGCGGGCGGCGGGCGCGAGGGGUCCGGCAAGUUGCCGCUGGGUCCCGCUGCGGCGCUGCUGCACGGCGCCGCGCUGUUGCUACUGCACAAAGCUAAACACACUUUGCAAGAUACAUUCGAGUUGACGCAAAAAAUAAUGUUAAAAAAUUAUCAAAUUGAUUCUGACUGCGGGGAUUCUGAAGAAGAAUCCGACGAACAUGAAGAUUCAGAAAUAGAAAGAAGUAGCCUGUCAUCAGUUUCUUCGUCUAGCAAAAGGUCUGCGGAUACAUCGAAUGAUUUAGAAUUGUCAAAGAGGGUGAGGACCAGCGAAGUAUCGGAGAAAGAGAGUGUCUCCAGCAAUGUGUCAGAUGCCUCAUAUUGUGACGAAUUAGACAAUGAUAGUGAGGAAAAUGAAGACAAUGAUUCUCAGUCAAGUUCACAGGAAGAGGAAGAUGAUUAUGUCGAGGUAGAAGACCGCGGUGUGCAGACGUGCGGCUGCGGUUUCGAUCCCGGCCUCAAGCUGGGCGUCAUGCUGCUGUAUGAUGACCACACUCAACCUAUACCCAGCAAAAUACUCAUCUCAUCAAUUAAUCCGAGAGCUAAUCUUUAAAAAUGAACAUAUGCAGUUUUCGACAAUUGAUUGGAAUCAUAAUUAUAA